GAAACAUGAUAUAUUUCACCAGGCACAGUGGAAGGAGGGUAUGCAGGGGCUGUAUAUGGGGGUGGGGGGCAACAAGCACCCACUAAACUAGAUGAGGAUAAGCUAACAAAGAAAGACAUGGAACGCGAGAUCACGAGGAGUUUGUUUUCGUCAAGAGUGGCGGAGAUGAAACAGGGCUGGUUCACAAAUCGCGACGAAAUGUUAAAAGUUCUUCCAGAUCUUGUUGAAAAACUCACCGAUUACAAAACUCAUUUUAAAAGCAAUGUUGAUAUGAAUGAGAAUAUACAGAAUCUGCUUGAAGUGAAAUCCCUGGUAAAAUGCGCGUUGUCGGACACUCGACAUCCAUUUAACACUCUUCCCACUAGAUGGCACCAACAAGUUCAACAACAAGCCAAGCGUGAAGCUACUUUGACCACACUGCAGGACAAGAUCCUUGUAUGUGAGGAAAACAUGAAGAGGUUCAUGAAGUUAAACGCUCUUCUACAAAGUCCUGAGUUAGCAGCGUUAAUCACUGAGGCUGCAACUAAGUUAGAUCUUGGUCCUUGUGCGUUUGAACAUGCAACCAAGUUCCUACAUAGCGCAGGACAAGCUACCAUGGUUUCACAAGCACAGAUGACAGAGAAAGAGUUGGUGACGGUCGGUGACCAACAUCGACACGCCAUGCGAUCGUGUCUCGAUGCGCUCAGCCAAUACGCCGCUGUUGCUGCUCAUUUCCCUCCAGUGGCAGCUAUACGCAACCACCGUGUGGCAGUAUGGAGCGAUAGAUUGGAGAAAAUGGUUAACGGGUUGUUGGACUUGAAUUGUUCGUCGAUAAGAAGUGAAAUCGAACGUUGCAGCUCAAAGGAAGCAAUUCUUGCUCAGACUCGAGCAGCCGCUGUUAAAGACGUUUCCCUUCAACGUGAAGCAACCGAUCUUAACGGGGGGUUGGUUAAGUUGAUGGAUAGGAGAAGUAGGGAGACGGUUAUAUCAGGGAGGAUGCAGGAAGCGGAGAGGAUGGUGCAAACGUCGCAGGAACAUAUCCUUAAGUUUGUUCAAGACCAUGGAUUGGAAGGACUUGGUUCGUUCACGGGCGUCCUCACCAUGCUGUUAUGUGCGUUGGAUCAACGUGCUAUCACCAUGGAAACCACUGCUGCUAAUUCUGGUCACCGAUUGGUUGAUAUGACGUCCCAGGAAGGUGAUUGGUUCCUGGAGGAGUUGUGCGGACUUUUCUCAAACAUGGUUCAGCUUCUGCGAUUGGCCGAUGGAUUGCUCAACCCUUCGUCGACCUCUGAUACGCCACCUAGUGUUACAAGGGAGGCAACGAGAGCCGUGAUAUGUGCAGAUAAUAUUUACCGAACGUUACUUGAAUUGUUUAAAAACUUCCGCAACAUAAUCGUACCUGAAGCCGUGAAGUUGUUGCAAUGUGAGGAACCAUCUGUAGUGGAACUCGUUGCUGCUGUUAGUGGAAUCGUGCACGGUGUAAGGAUAGAUGAUCUGACUAAGCAGUUAAUGGCAAGCUUACGCAACCAAGGAACACAGAAUGGAACGAGUUCAGCGUACGAGGAUGCGUUGGCUGAAGUACAACGACUACAACCACAAUAUACGCAGCUGCUGCAGGAUUCUAGACAGAAACGAUCAGACGAACAACGCCUCACAGCAGGCCAGAUGUUGCUACAAGCAUUUGACGGAUUAUUCAGAUCGGCACGGAACGAUUUCAACGCGUUGCUCAUCGCACGAGAUGGUUUGUUGGCAUCUGGGUUCGUCACCAAGGAAUGGACGUUUGUGGAUUGUUUGAAUGAACCAAUGCAACUGCAGAAGCUGAAGAAGCUGUCAGCCACCAACGAAGCACUCCAAGCUUUAUUAUUCGCGAAACAACUACAAGCGAUGAACGAUUUCUUCGUUCUUUGUCAUUCCAACGCUCGUGCGUUCGUGGUGGAUAGAUCAGCACCUAGUGGCAAGAAUACAACUGGAGGCCACCAUUACAUGGGGAGUAAGAACUUGUACACUGAAGAAAGGUUGGCGAAACCUGUGAAACAUUUUGUGUCGUAUUUUGUGCAAGAGUUGUUGAUUGGAAUUCCUGGAGAGAUGUUAGGAUGUGCGUUAUGUGGAUACGUUGAACUACUCGGUGUUGAGCUCGGUACCUUCAUGAUGUCAGUGUCCAACAACCAAGUUGUUAAAGUCGAGGAAAUUUGCAAAGCUGCGGUCGAAACUAAAUAUUCGCAGAGUUUACUCGCGAAACCUCUGAUGUUGGUUUACCAAUUCAAUCGAACGUGGAAAGAUUUAGAUCGUGCUCGAAGACUCGAUUCAAACAUCGUGUCCGUUCGUGCAAGUUUACAUCGGGCUAAACUACAGGUGACGAGGUUCCAGUGGUUAUACGAAGAUCUUCUUGAAGCAGGUGGGGGAAGUACCUUGGCGUUACCACGACGACGUGAUGUCAUCAACGACCUCAGUAAACGGAUGUCCGCGCUUCGUCACUUGGUGGCAGUGUUGGAGCAAGUUCAGGAUAAGGCUUCGUCACAAAACACGUCGAUACAACAGCGCCUCAAGUGGGCAGCAGGUGCGAACCCGAGUUUACAAACGGUGUUGAGCUCGGUGGAGGCCGACGGUGACAACCGGAUGAAACUUGUUAAGAAUGAAAAGAUUUUGAGUAUGAAGAUAUUGGAUGUUUGUGAAAAUGCCGUCAGUUUCGAACAAAGUCGAUUGUUACUCAGCGAAAACAACAAGGAUCAUGACGUGGAGUUUUUGAAACUGUUGGAGGCGUGUGAGGGGGUGUGUCGUGCUGUGGGGAAGUCCCCUGUACAACUGGAUGCCAUGGAACAAACAGCAACUGAUGUUUUGCCCCCGAAACACAACUCGUCACCCAAGGAUUGGCUGCAAAAAGUUUCCGAUAAGAUCCAACAGAGCGUGACCAAAUGUCGACAACAGCGCAGCCAAGUGGAGGGAAAGAUGCUUCUCGUUAAAUCGAGUCUUCGUGACCUUGUGACCUCCGUUAAACAAUUGUUAUCGAGUCACGGUCGAUUGCUUUCCGAUGUUAAGACACUGCUUAAGACAAUGGCGAAGGAGGAAGACAAUGAAGAGGACAGCGGAGGAGUCCGUCGAUACAUGACGCGAUACAAGGAGUUAACAUCCUCGUUAAGCGACGCGCUGAUGGACGUACUUCAUGGAUGCGAUGCAUCAACCAUCGACCCUGAUCCUUUAAUUCUACGCAUCACUGAGAUAGCUGGCAUGGUGGCAAGUGUUUACGAAGAUCUUGUAUCGUUCGCGAACCCAUACAUGGAAAACCCACCGGAGCGUAUCCAACCCACUUUUGCUACUGCUUUACGAACUGGAACGGGGUUACCCACCCUGGGUGUGAGGGGAAGUCCCGGGGCCAAGAAAGCUGUCAUUUUAUCGACAGGUGGGGCAACGGGGUCUCAGUCAGUUGGAACCCCCAGCACCCCACCCAUGGUUGGCACGGAUACGGGGGCUUCCACUAAAACUACAAGUCCGAAGAAAAAAACUCGAGACCCGAGGACCGGGAAAGCGAUCCAGGAACGAAACUUUUUUGCGAUGAGCGUUUGGCGUCGAGUGAAAGCGAAGUUGGAUGGGAGAGAUAUCGACGGGAAUAAACGAAUGCAAGUUGCUGAGCAGGUUGAUCAUGUGAUAAGUGAGGCGACGUCAUUGGAUAACUUGGCGCUUCUGUACGAGGGGUGGACGGCAUGGGUGUAAGGCCCCACUUUGUAUAAGCCCCUUGAGGCUUUGUUAAUUCAUUCACCAGCAAUUCUAUGAGUUGCCACUUUUUGAGGCCGUCUAUAAAGAAAGAGAAUAAGAAGAGGAAUGAGUAGGAGCGCUUUGAGAAAAGUGAGAGAUCUUUUUCAGCUCUUGUCCAGAAAUCGCAGAAAAUUUUCAAGAAAGUUAUGCGUUGUUGUUAAAUUGGCCGGCAUUGAAACAAAAUUAGAUCCCACCAUUUGAAGUUUCUCUAAAUUAUUUAAAUUGUUUCAAAGUCAUGUUUUUAAAUUGCCCAGUUAGAAUUUUUGCCGCGUUUUUUUUUCGAAUUGGUGUUGAGGUUAUGUGGUGAAACAUAGAUAUCUUAAAUGCAGCUUUAAAUAGAAAUAACAUAAUUAUAAUUCUGACGUUUUUCCGCUAUGUUAAAAAUGUUUGAACUACGGUGUUCCCUAUAACGUUGAGAGGGGAAAUGUAAAUAGAGUUUCGUUGCUGUUGUGUUGCGGUUUUAUUUCAUUUAACAAUCAAUAUGUUACUCUUAGUUGUUAAGUCUUAUAUAAACAUAUUGAUUUUAUUAAAGGAAAACUGCAUGCUUGCAUGUUCAAGGUUUAAGUUAAGCAUAUAGUAGUAAUGUGUUGGGUUUUUAUUUGUUUAAAACAAUCAAUUAAUGACUAUCCGUGUUAUUAUUUCGUAUAUAACCAAGCUUAUGUAUGUAUGGGUUUACACCACAAAACUUAAGUUACAAUAGCCAAGACAAUUGUUAAAUGUGAAAUGUAAAUAUCAUUGUGUGAAACAUGUAAUAAACUGUAGUGGAAUUG